UCCAUCACUCGUUUCCGUUUCGCAAGAACAACAGCCAAAAGCAAGAAGAGAAAACACUCGACUGAAAAUCCACCAUAUUGAGCCAACUCUUUCCAUCUCAUCACCCAUAUUUUCUCUCUUUGAAACAUUCUCGCUGAUCUCGCUCUCCCGGCGUUGUUUCGCCAAUGGUGAAGAGUGAGCCAGAGUCAUCAUCCAUGCCAUCAUCCAGUGCAUUGAGAAAGAAGUAUAAGGGAGUGAGGAUGAGAAGCUGGGGCUCUUGGGUCUCAGAGAUAAGAGCACCGAACCAGAAGACAAGGAUUUGGUUGGGCUCUUAUUCCACUGCCGAGGCUGCAGCUAGAGCCUAUGACGCUGCACUCCUCUGCAUCAAGGGCUCUUCAGCCACUUUCAACUUCCCUCUCUCCUCCUCCCAACACCAUGUCCCUCCCAAUGCCUCCAUGUCCCCCAAGUCCAUCCAGCGAGCGGCCGCUGCGGCCGCCGCUGCCACAAAUGGCGGUGGUGCUGAUAGCAAUGUCGCCGCCACCACCGCUGCUGCUACCUUUGCUGCCCCCGCUCCCUCAUUUGUCUCAUCCCCAUCUAUGUGUUCCUCGCCGUCGGAUCAACUGGACGACGAAGUGUCGCUUGUGCAAUGCGUCGGGGCGUACACUCCCAGCGAACCGAUGGAUAUGAUGGAUUAUUGGUGCAAUUACGAUGCCUUCCAAUCGCCGAAGUACGUGGAUCAAGUAAUGUAUAACAACAUCGCCGCGGCAUCAUUUGGUCCUCCCACGGUUGAGGAGCUUUUAGAAGAAGCUGAAGAAAUCCAGCUAUGGAGCUUCUGUUGAUAUAUUUUUUUUUAACCAUUCAUAGUAAACUUAUUCAUCAAUUCAAAGGGGAAAUUCCUGAUGAUAUUGACCAAAAUAAUAUGUUAUAUAAGGGUUAUUGAGGGUUUAACUAGCUAGGCGGAGAAACCCACAUGGGGAGAGACAUCUUUUUGGACUCCCUCAUAUGAGUACUUCUAGAUUGUAUUAAUUUUUUAAGGUAUCAUUUUCUGUCAGGAGUGUGUCUUACGCUAUGCUAUAUAAAUUCAUCAUGCGAGAAUGUAAUACGGAAGUGGAAAAUGUAAUGUAUCGUUGCUUAUGUUG